AGUGGGAGUUUACUAGGGAGAUAUACGUUCAAACCGAAUCAAUUUGUAAAGGUUUGCAUGCGCGGUGGUGCGAAUAGCGACGAACACCCUGGUGAGCCGAGGCGGAGUAAGCGCCAGCGAAUCGAUCUCACAUCGGAAGAAGGCUUUGACCGCCACGAACUUGAACGUGCAUUGCGACAAAGUUUAGAGGAAGAACGCCUGAGAGAAAAGGAGAAGCCAAAAAAGGUUGCAAAACCAAAAGCUGACAAGGUUAAAUCGACUCCUCGUCCAGCUGUAAAGAAAAGAAAAGCCAAAGAAUCAGAAUCGGAAGUUCACGAUAGUGGAGAAGAAGAGAGCAAAAGUGGAGCAAAGAAAAGCAAAACUUCGCCACAAGCUCCCAAAAGUUUGGAGCAGAAAAAGCUACAAGCUCAGAAAAAAGAGAAAGUAGAGCCAGUGAAGAAGGCAAACGAGGAAGAAAAAAAGUCUGACCCUAAAUCCACACCAACGAAGUCGAAAAAGCAGCAGCCUGUGAAGAAAGCUGAAGAAUCGAAAGAAGCACCAAAGAAAGAGGCAAGCUCAAAGAAGCAAACUUCAAAGGAGAAGCAGGAGGAUAACAAAAAGAAGCCUGAAGAGAAGGAAGCGGAUAGUAAAAAGAAAGCUGAAGAGAAGGAAGGAAGUGCUGCAACAACCGAACCUGCCAAGAACGCAACCUUAUCGACUGCCGUCGCGAGCAAGCGAUCUGAUCACUCUGCUGGCCUGCGCCAAAGAAGUCCUUGGAGAUCACGAAUACACAAGUGA